AUCCGGGGUCACGUCGAUCUUCCGGGUGUUUUUGACAGGGUUUUCUACGCCGCUUUUUCUGCGACUUUUUGGUCUUCCGCUUUUUGCCACCGCCCCCAACCUUCUAAGUCCUUUCGGCCCCUAUCAUCUUUGAUUGUGUUACUCCUCCCCUGGCAGCCGUGCCGGGGGUUAGAUCGCAGGCAGGGUCGGAGCUGGGCCUAGCUGCCCCACGGGCCACCACUACCUCCUUUGAUUCGGGAGAAAGCUACGACCGAGUACGCCCAGCCGUCCCCGCUCGGGCCUUGGAACUUCUGAGCGGGCAGUGCUGGUAGGCCCUGCUUAGCCCUUCCCGGAGGACACCUGACCAAAAGAGGAAGAUAGUCUUGGGACCCCUGCAUGGUGUUUCAAAGGGUGGUAAAGAACUAAGGUAGAAGAAUACAUGUUCACUUCCAGUGAACAAGAGCAUGUUCCCAAACUCAAUUUUGGGUCGCCCACCCUUCACUCCAAAUCAUCAACAACAUAAUAACUUCUUUACCCUGUCACCUACUGUUUAUUCACACCAGCAGCUUAUAGAUGCACAAUUCAACUUUCAGAAUGCAGACUUGUCUAGAGCUGUGUCAUUACAGCAGCUGACAUAUGGAAAUGUCAGUCCAAUACAGACCUCAGCUUCCCCAUUAUUUCGAGGAAGGAAGAGAUUAAGCGAUGAAAAAAACCUUCCUCUUGACGGUAAACGGCAACGUUUCCAUUCACCCCACCAAGAGCCAACUGUAGUUAACCAGAUAGUGCCUUUAUCAGGUGAACGAAGAUACUCAAUGCCGCCAUUGUUUCAUACACAUUUUGUACCAGAUAUAGUCAGAUGUGUUCCACCUUUUCGAGAAAUACCAUUUUUAGAACCUAGAGAAAUCACACUGCCUGAGGCCAAAGAUAAGUUGAGUCAGCAGAUACUGGAAUUAUUUGAAACAUGUCAGCAGCAAAUAAGUGAUUUAAAGAAGAAAGAACUCUGUCGAACACAGCUGCAGAGAGAAAUUCAGCUAUUAUUUCCACAAAGCAGACUUUUUUUGGUUGGGUCCUCUUUAAAUGGAUUUGGUACCCGGAGCAGUGAUGGUGAUUUAUGCCUAGUUGUUAAGGAAGAACCAUGUUUUUUUCAGGUAAAUCAGAAGACUGAAGCACGGCAUAUACUCACCUUAGUCCAUAAACACUUCUGUACUAGACUUUCGGGCUACAUUGAGAGACCUCAGCUGAUUCGAGCAAAAGUGCCAAUUGUGAAGUUCAGGGAUAAAGUCAGUUGUGUGGAGUUUGACUUGAAUGUAAACAAUGUUGUUGGAAUAAGAAACACAUUCCUUCUCAGAACUUAUGCAUACCUUGAAAAUCGAGUUCGUCCGUUAGUGCUGGUGAUUAAGAAGUGGGCAAGUCACCAUCAGAUAAAUGAUGCCAGUCGUGGUACUUUAAGCAGCUAUAGUCUUGUAUUGAUGGUUUUGCACUAUUUACAAACCCUACCUGAACCCAUCCUUCCAUCCCUCCAAAAAAUUUACCCAGAAUCUUUUAGUCCUGCUAUACAGCUGCACCUUGUACAUCAAGCUCCAUGUAAUGUUCCUCCUUACCUCUCAAAGAAUGAAUCAAACCUCGGGGACCUCUUACUGGGCUUUCUUAAAUAUUAUGCUACAGAAUUUGACUGGAAUAGUCAAAUGAUUUCAGUUCGUGAAGCCAAAGCCAUUCCGAGGCCUGAUGGUAUUGAAUGGAGAAAUAAAUACAUCUGUGUAGAAGAACCUUUUGAUGGAACAAAUACAGCCAGAGCAGUGCAUGAAAAGCAGAAAUUUGACAUGAUCAAGGAUCAAUUUUUAAAGUCAUGGCACAGAUUGAAAAACAAGAGAGAUUUGAACAGUAUACUACCUGUAAGAGCUGCUGUCCUGAAAAGAUAACUGGCCUCUAUUUCUUAAUAAAUUCUUCCAAGAAAUAAAGAACAAUAGUUUCAUCGUAAUACAUUAUGUUUACCUCCAUCAUAAUUGCUUUUUUCAUAGUUCUUGUUUUCAUUUUUUAUUUUUAAAAAGACAUAUAAAGAUUGCAUAUUUUAUUAUGACAUUUCCUAAUAAAACCCUUUGAUUUAAAAAUAAAAAUGUAUUUUUGAAAAUGUUUACAUUGAUGAUUAGUAAUAUUAUGGCAUGCGUUUUCAGGUGAUCAGAUAAAAUAUAUUUUGCGAAAUUACCUGAACAAAUAAAAAGUUUUUGAUACAACUUCAAUUAAUUGUAACACAUGCUAAUCCUGAAGAGAUGUGUGGAAUUUUGGAAGGGGUCUAAUUCAUACAUGCUUAAAGUCUAACCUACAUUAUUAGAUAGUUUGUUGUCAAAGUCUGUUCUAGUAAAGUGAAGGUUCAAGUCAGUUGUUCAGUUACUUGAAGCAAAACGAAAUCAUUUCAGUCAAAUCACUGCAGAGUCAUGAAAUACUGAACAAUUGCCUUAAGUCUUUGCUUUGCUUGACUCACUGGGAUAGACUGAGGCUUCGGGUGUGUCUGUAUUAGCAUUUCAUUAGUACUUCACAUGCUUUUGAUGUACUCUUGAGAUGGCUUUAAAUUUUGUAUUGAAACAACAAUACAUUUUGCACUGUAGUAAUAGGAGCACUAACUCUUACAACAGUUAGUGAAUUGUUUUAAAGAAUCAGUUCAGUGUAGACAUUUUGAAAAGAUUGUUUCCUGUGCUUUAUGAUAGCUUAGUAUAAUGUGCACUUCUGCUUUACUUGCCGUUUUCCUGCUCUAUUUUCUCUGUGACAUGAAGCAACAGAAACUGAGAGAUCAAAGUUAAGAUUAUAUCCUGUUUGUAGUAUCAGAUAUUUUUCUGUGUACAAUUAUAGGAUUGUAAUCUAAACUGGAAUUUUUAGACAGUAAGCCACUACAAAAUGUUUUAGAUAAGACACAAUAAAAUUAUUAUAAAUAAAAGCUUAAUAUUUGUAAAAAAUCUCUUUUUCAGUAUUUCUUUUUUCACAUGAAAGAAGUAGUGGUGGCUGCUAAACAAAAAAAGCUACAGUGUUUAUUAAGGUUGUUUUUGAUUUAUGUAAAUAUUUAUAAAUUGGUCAGUGCCUAUAAAUUUAAAUAUAAAAAGUCAUCUUGAAAAGUUUUAACUUUUUCAAAAGGACUAUGUCCAACAUUUUUUAGACCUGCUGUAGUAAACUUUGUACCUCUAACGUAUUUUUUUUUUUUUUUUGCAGACCAAAUGCUAAAACUUUUGCUUUUCUUUGACUUGUAAAAGGUGCACAUUUUGAUUUUCUUCUUUAAGUUCAAAUUUUUGUAUGUCAAAUGCAAUAAAAUUUAUAUAUGGACA